AUGAGCUCGACUUCCCAUCCCACUCCGGGCCGCCCCCUUCCUAGCACGGUGAGCGAGCAUCUCGCCGGCAGUGGUCAGUCGUGGCAUGGCAAAAUCACCCCCGACGGGCCGUGUCCCCCGCAGAAAGGUCGGUAUCACAUGUACAUCGGGUUGUUUUGCCCGUUCGCCCACCGAGCGAACCUCGUGCGGCAUCUCAAGGGGCUCACGGAUCUGAUCGAUAUUUCUGUGGUGAAGCCGUACCCCAAGGGCGACGAGACUGGAUGGCCAGGGUGGCAGUUCCCCAGUACGGACGAGGAGUAUCCCGGGGCGACGGUGGACCGGCUCUACGGCAGCAAGUACAUACACGAGCUCUAUUUCAGGGCCGACCCGGGGUACAAGGGCCGGUACAGUGUUCCUGUGCUUUGGGAUCGCGAAACCGAGACGAUCGUUAACAACGAGAGCGCUGAGCUGCUGAGGGACCUGCAGACGGCAUUCAACCAUCUCUUGCCUGAAGAUCUUGCGCGGGUGACGCUCUACCCGGAGCACCUGAGACAGAAGAUCGACGAGGUGAGUGGCUGGAUGCAGCGCGACCUCAACACGGGCGUGUAUGCGGCCGGCUUUGCGGACUCGCAGGAAGUCUACGACAAGAAGGUGCUGCCCGUGUUCGCAGCCCUGAACAAGCUGGAGAAGAUGGUCGCAGCCAACGGCGGACCGUAUAUCUUGGGCAAGGACCUGACGGAGCUGGACAUCCGAGCCUACGCGACGCUGAUCCGGUUCGAUACCGUCUAUGUGCAGCAUUUCAAGUGCAAUCUGGGCACCAUCCGGCAUGACUACCCACAGCUCAACAAUUACUUGAAGAACCUAUAUUGGAACGUCAAGGGAUUCAAAGAAACCACCGACUUCAAGCAUAUCAAGGAGAAUUACACCAAGAGCCACUACGAUAUCAACCCGAAGGCAAUCACUCCCCGAGGACCCUAUCCGGACAUUGAAGAAGGAUAUGAACCUGAUUUGGGUAAAGUCAGGGUUGGCGGUGUCGCGAUGCCCGAGGUAGUGGAACUGGAAAAGCAACUGCCUUGA